AUGAACCAGUCUGAACUGACAACGGACACGUUGCUCACUGCCAACAGCAGCCAUGGAGACUUCUUUUCUAGAAGGGCCUCCAACCACUCCUGUCCCUUGGGCUGGGGGCUGAACGAAGGCGUAGAGGCUUGUGUUCUGGAGACUGCUGUCAUUGUGCUUCUCACAGUGCUCAUUAUUGCUGGGAACCUGACGGUGAUCUUUGUGUUCCACUGUGCCCCUCUGCUACACCACUACACCACCAGCUACUUCAUCCAGACCAUGGCCUACGCUGACCUGCUGGUGGGCCUUAGUUGCCUGGUGCCCACCCUGUCCUUGCUCCACUACCCAGCAGGCGUCCAGGAGCCAAUCACGUGCCAGGUUUUCAGCUACGUCAUCUCUGUUUUGAAGAGCGUUUCAAUGGCCUGCUUGGCCUGCAUCAGUGUGGACCGCUACCUGGCCAUCACUAAACCACUGUCCUACAACCAGCUGGUGACACCGUGUCGGCUACGAGGCUGCAUCACCCUCAUCUGGGUGUACUCUAGUCUGGUUUUCUUACCCUCCUUCUUCGGCUGGGGUAAGCCAGGAUAUCACGGGGAUAUUUUUGAGUGGUGCGCUCACUCCUGGCCGACCUCUGCCCUCUUUACGGGCUUUGUGGUAUGUUUGCUGUAUGCACCUGCUGCCCUCGUGGUCUGUUUUACUUAUUACCACAUCUUUCGCAUUUGCCAGCAACACAACAGGGAGAUCAGUGAACGGCGAGCACGUUUCCCCAGCCAGGAGAUGGAGGCUGGUGAGGGGAAUGGUGGCGGGCAUCAUGGAGGGCAUGGACCAGAUCGGCGCUACGCGAUGGUGCUCUUCCGCAUCACUAGUGUUUUCUACAUGCUUUGGCUGCCCUACAUCAUCUACUUUCUGUUAGAAAGCUCCCAUGUGCUGGAUAGUCCUGCCCUGUCCUUCAUCACCACCUGGCUGGCCAUCAGCAAUAGUUUCUGCAACUGUGUCAUCUACAGCCUGUCUAACAGUGUGUUUCGUCUGGGCAUGCGCAGGCUCUCUCAGACUAUUUGCUCCUUCAGCCACUGUGCUGCAGAUGACCGGGACUUUGGAGAGCCUAAACCAAGAAAGAGAGCAAACUCGUGUUCCAUCUGA